AUGAAUCCCUAUCAAAAUCAAGGUUACCAAAAUAACGGCGGAUGGACAGGCGGCGCCUGGAACCCAGCUCAACAAUACCAUGCUCAGCAAAACUGGCAGUCCCAGCAGCCUCAACAACCUCAACAGCCUCAACAGCCUCAGCUCCCGCCAGUACCUCAGUAUAAUCGACAGCCGGCACCUCAAAUAUUCUGCUGCGAGACGGCUCAGCGCUGUCCUGUUCCUGCCACGCAGGCUAUUCAUGCCUAUACUACUCGUUUGGCAUUCUUUAUGAACCACGCUCUGCACCCCACCGUUGCGACCUAUGCUCAAGUUACUAAUCGCCAUCUUCAUCGUGGAUUCUUUGAUAUGGUACCGAUGUCGACCGUAGUACCCACUACAGGCGCUCACGGAGGUCAUGGCCAGGGUGGACAUGGCCAACAAGGCCAGCAGCAUGGUGGACAACAGCAAGGUAACCAACAAGGCUACCAACAUGGGUUUCAACUGCAAGCUCCUACUGGUCCAGCAUUUAACGGUAAUACACACUAUACAGCUGCUUCUAGUAACCACAACAACAACUAUCAUGGUGGAUACAAUCAACAAGGCUUUGUACAACAAGGAGGCUAUCAAACUGGUGGUGGAAUCCCUCAAAACAAUCUUCAGCAUCAGCAUGUUCAUAAUAACGGUCCUCCCAACAGCCAGCCUCCUCAUGCUGUACAAGGUCCUAUUAUGUAUGCUGGCUCUUCCUACAGCAUCCACCCAUCUAUUCCCAUUCCUCUCCCACGCUUCCCUCGGCCUAAUUUCCAAUUGAACGUUAAGUUCCGCCUUGAACGCUAUCGCCUCGACCCCCCUGCACAGGCUUUCCAUUAUGGAAAUCCUGGCUCGCAAGCCCUCGGUCACUAUCAGCCUUUCUCGUCAUUUAAUGCUCCCUACCAGGCUAACAACAUUGUCAUCUCUCCUUCCACCAAUUCCCCUCGUGCUAGGGAAAACAUGGAACUGAUAUGGUACUACUGGCCAGUUCAGCUUGAGGUUCCUCUAUGGGCUCGCGGUCAGAAUACAGAGACUAGUGCACCAGAGAUUGCGGAGCAGCUUGUUCAUGAGGGUAUGCUGAUGAUCAAUGGAGAGCGCUGGGGAUACAUGGAGGAUGGGGAGGAUCGUGAAGGCCUAUGGCACAAGAGACGAUCUUACAAGGUGUUGGAGUGUCCUGUUCACGGCAUGCUCUGGAAGGUAACGGUGUUUGUUCGUCGUGGAUAUUAA